AUGGCGUUUACUGCCCUCCUCAUAUUGUGCAUUGUCAUUGGUCAGUCAGGGGUAUUUAUCAAUUCGGCUAUAUCCAAGGAUAAAGAGUGUCCACAAAGACAUUAUGGUGACAACUGCAAAAGUAUUUGUCCACUGGGCUGUAAAGACCACAGAUGUGACAAGACAACUGGGGACUGUAACAAAGGCUGCGCUGUACCAUAUUUGUGGGGGGCGAAGUGUGAUAAAGAGUGCAGCAUAAAUUGUGGAUCGGAUCAAAAUGGAGAUCAGCCGUGCAACCAGAGCGACAGCGCAUGCGUGCAUGGCUGCCUCCCAGGAUUCCAACAGCCUGACUGUGAAAAACCUUGCGACAGCAAUAUGUAUGGGGACAAAUGCACGUUGAAAUGUGGCGCAUGCGCAUAUGGGGACUCGUGCUCCAACGAGGACGGGACGUGCUCGCGAGGAUGCGCUGAAGGUUACCUUGGUGAUAAGUGUGAUACGGAAUGCGAUCCAUAUUACUAUGGCGACGGGUGCUCGGAAUCCUGCGGACAGUGUUCUAACUUUGAUGUAUGCAAUUUCAAGAACGGAAGUUGUCCGAAUGGGUGUGAGGACGGGUGGACCGGAGACACGUGCAGUGACAUGUGUCCCACUGGAAGCUAUGGAGACUUCUGCUUGAACACGUGUGGCAAAUGUGCCCAAUCAGUCAACAUGUGA